AUGACAUCCAGGAUCCUGUACAGCCUCGCCUCUUUGCUGGCGAGCACUUGCGUACAUGCGCAGUACAGCCAAACCGAGUUCAAUGGUACCUGUCCCGACUAUGUGGUAUACGCCGGCGAGCACCACGGCCCGUACUCCUCGGGCGCAUACAACUUGUCUUACCAGCGUCCGCCACUGCCAUGUCGAACGUGGAACUCUACAGAGGUUGAAGGUGCUCUCGAGAGCAUGCGCGGCACGAUAGCUGAUGCAGAUCUGUAUCGUCUGUUCGAGAAUUCGUUUCCGAAUCCACUCGAUACUGCCAUCAAAUGGCAUGGUGUGGCUGCUAACAAUAGUGAAGAGGAGCUGACUUUCAUUAUUACUGGUGAUAUCAAUGCCAUGUGGCUACGUGAUUCUGCCAAUCAGCUACAGUCCUACCUGCCUCUCCUCACGGCCAACUCCUCGCAGGAUUCCCUAGCAUCGCUUUUCCGUGGUUGCAUCAAUCUUCAGUCGCGCUACAUCAACACUUCGCCGCAUUGCAACGCCUUCCAACCUCCUGACGAGGCAGGCCUAGGAGUCAGCGAGAAUCCCUACGCCUUGACUGACCGGGUCUUCCCCAGCUAUAGCAAUGAGUCGGUUUUCGAAUGCAAGUAUGAGCUUGACUCGAUCUCGGCCUUCUUGCAAAUCUCCUCGCAGUACUACACCGCUACACAAGAUCUCGACUUCUUCAACCGCUUCCAGUGGGUCGACACUGUCCGGACAGUCCUGAACACAGCAUACGAGUUGCAAAACGGCACAUACGACAAUGAUGGUCGGGUCCUUGACCAGCCGUACACAUUCCAACGUGAAGCUGAUUCCUCAUUCGAAACUCUUGGCAACACAGGUCGCGGAAAUCCCGUCAAAGGCGGCACAGGGCUGGUCCGCUCUGCCUUUCGACCGUCGGACGAUGCGUGUACUUUCCAGCUGUUCAUCCCGGCCAACAUGAUGUUCUCGCACUUCCUGAUGAAGACCGCUUCAAUCAUGGCCCAGCUCAAUCACAGUGACGCCGAGUCGCUCUCCCAGGAAAUGGGCGCUCUAGCGUCGCAGAUCCAGCUCGCGAUCAGCAGGUACGGCAUCGCGCCCACUCAGGCUCCAAACGCGCCUGGAUCGUUCUCAUACAGCGCCACCGGCAACAUGAUAUACGCCUUUGAGGUCGAUGGCUAUGGAUCAAGCAUCCUCAUGGAUGACGCAAACGUCCCGUCGUUGCUUGCUGCGCCCUUCUUCGGAUUCCACCCCUCUGACCCGCUUUAUCAAGCGACUCGUCAGUACGUUCUGUCUGCCCAGAACAGCUACUUCAUGCGCGGACCCGAAAUAUCUGCUGUAGGCGGGCCGCAUCAGUCGUUUGGGAUGGCGUGGCCCAUGGCUAGUAUUGUACGGAUUAUCACGGCGGGUAAUCAUCCUUCGCCUUCGGAACCACUCAUGUAUGGGUCCAACUCCAGCGGGAACACUUUGAGUGAUGCAGCAAAGGCCGAAAUUAGGAACGAGUUGCAGCAGCUAUUGAGUAGCACGGAUGGGUAUGGGCUUAUGCAUGAGAGUGUCAAUUCGUGGAAUAGUAGCGAUUGGACGAGGCAGUGGUUCAGUUGGGCGAAUGGGCUGUUUGGGCAGAUGAUAUUAGGGUUGGAUGGGACGGGGUUGUUGGAGGAGACUUAUCAGCCGUGA